AUGCCAGCGCCUGAGCCCCUACCGACCUUCUUGUACAAGAUUCUUCCAAGCGCCCCGCCUUCACCGCUCCCUACCCGUCUCCCGCUCUCGGACCUCGACCGCACCGAUGGCUACAUCCAUCUCUCCACCUCCGACCAAGUGCCCGGUACCGCUGAUAAAUUCUUUGGUGACGUCUCAGAAUUGUGGCUUCUGAAGAUCCGGUAUGAAGUGCUGGCCGCAGGAACCGAUGGCGACGGGCAAGUCCAUUCGGAUAAAGCGGCAGAGCUGAAGUGGGAGGAGGUCGGGCGAGGGUGUUUUGCGCAUUUCUACGGAGCAGAUCUCGGAUCCGGAAACAUAGAGAGUGCGUUCAAGAUUGAGAAGAAGGGCAGUUGGGCUGAUACCUUGAGUCUGGAGUGGUGA